CCGCGCCCGGCACGCCCCCCGCAGCGCUGAUUGGCGGCUCGGGCCACCCCCGCCCCUGCGGGUAGGGGCUCGCCCAGCCGAAAGUUCUCUGCGCCGCCGGGAGGAAGUUGAGGCUUUGGAGAGUCUGAGAAAGUAUCUUCGAAGGCUACAAGGGCCUGGUGGCCAUGGAGGAGCCCCCUUUGCGCGAGGAGGAGGAAGAGGGGGACGGGGACGAGGUAGGGCCCGAGGGGGCGCUGGACAAGAGUCCCUCCCAGCUGACCGCCGAGGACGUCUAUGACAUCUCCUACGUGAUGGGCCGCGAGCUCAUGGCCCUGGGCAGCGACCCCCGCGUGACACAGCUGCAGUUCAAAAUCGUCCGCGUCCUAGAGAUGCUGGAAGCUCUGGUGAAUGAGGGCAGCCUGGAGGCGGAGGAGCUGCGGAUGGAGAGGGACAGCCUGAGGAAAGAGUUGCAGGCGCUGCGCAGGGAGGGCCCGUCGGCCGGUGGGGAGGUGAGCCUGGGGCCAGACAAAAUGGUGGUGGACCUGACAGAUCCCAACAGGCCCCGCUUCACGCUGCAGGAGCUGAGGGAUGUGCUGCAGGAGCGCAAUAAACUCAAGGCGCAGCUGCUGGUGGCCCAGGAAGAGCUGCAGUGCUACAAGAGUGGCCUGAUUCCACCAAGAGAAGACCCAGGAAGAAGAAGAGAAAAAGAUGCCUUGGUUGCCAGGACCAGCAAUGCCAGCUGUAACAACGAGAAGACGAUCAUAAAGAAGCUGUUCUUUUUCCGGUCAGGGAAGCAGACAUAGACUAAGGCAGCGACUGUCAGACUUGAGAAGACAACCCACCAAGAAGACUUCAGAAUUCAUCUCUCUGUACCACACACAAACACUGAGCCUGCUCGUUUGCUUCCUCCUCAAAGCAGCCUGAGGAGGAAGGAGAUGAGGUUCCUCCUGGAAUUAUUUUCUUGCCUGGCCACAGAACUGGUACGCCCUCUGAAGGUAUGACCAGGGCAGGUGAAGAAGCCCAAAGAAAUCUCAAAAGCAAGAGGAAAGUGCAAUGAGACUCAUCUCCUAUCUCCACUUCACCUGCCUAUGGGGGUCUCCAGAGUGCUGACGUGCGUCCCACUAACCCAGUCCCGCAGGUGACCUUGAUCUCUAAAGUGAAGCAGCAAAAGGCAUCAGCCAAAAGCGAGAAAGGAGAAAAUAAAGCAGGAAAAUAGGAUGUUGACAUUCCCAUGGUGACUUCACUGAUAUUUAGUGAAUAUUUGAUUUCGCUAACGUGACUUUCUUUACAUGAUUUUGUAUUAAAGUAAAAUGAUUUAUACUUUCUGGAACUGCUUUAGAGAGCUCUCUUACAGUUGAGAUGGUUUAUACAUACAAACCACAUUCCACUCAGUCUAAAUGCUGCACCACUAACUUUGUGAACCCUGGUGGCACAGUGGUUAAGAGCUCAGCUGCUAACCAAAACGUCAGCAGUUCAAACCCACCAGCCACUCCUUGGAAACCCUGUGGGGCAGUUCUACCCUAUCCUAUAGGGUCACUAUGAAUCAGAAUUGACUCAAAGGCAGCGGGUUUGGUUUUGGUUUGGUUUUAUGCGAGAAAAAAAAUGCAGCAAAUUAGAACUUUAAUAAGACACCAUUGAUUUUUAAGACAUCCUGAUUUCAGAGGUGGUCAGAUGUGGGGAAAAUGUACAUCUAGGAAUCGAUGAAAUACGGACAGAGCGGGGGCUGCAUUUUGCAGAGCAGCUAGUGAUCGUGCUGAACACCUUCCGAGAGCCUGCCUUCUUAGUAAAUUAUCGGCUUCCUGAAUGUUUUAUGCCUGCUCCAUGGACUUCCUCAUUUAUUCUUCAUAACAACUCAGUAGGAUGGGGACUGGUACUAAUCCCCAGUUUAUAAUCUCAGCAACCGAGACUCAGAAGGGUUAAAGUGCCUUACAGGAGGUCCCGCAGCAAGGAAGUGACUGGCCAGGAUUCAAACGCAGGCCUGACUCUGAGGCUGGGUCAGAGUAGUAAUAAUAACAUCGUAUUUUUAUGCAGAUAACACAUGCGUCGCACGUUUUUGGCCAAUCCACGUCAUUUUCCUGAGCGCGCUAUGCGUAUCGUGUGUGGGCACAUUAUUUGUGAAACAUAAUCGUAAUCAUGACAACACUUUCCUGCCUGCCUUGCCAAGUGCCAUUCUUAGCACCUUAUACAUAUUGUCUCACCAUCACCCUAUGAGGUGACAUCAUUAUUCUUGUUAUGCACACAGGGAAACCAACGCAUAGCAGGAUUAAGGGACUUGCUCAAGGUUCCCGGGUUAGAAUGUGGUAGAAAUAGGACUUGAGCCCAGGUACAAACGCCACAAUCCAGGUUUUAACCAGUCCACCUUCCAGGAAAGGUCAGCAGUGUUGACAGGUCUGGCCCAGAACACCUGACAGGGCCAUUAGACAGGGGCUCUUGUUUCUAUGACACUGGAGGAGCCUGCAACCCUGAUGGGUGCUCCUCUCUUACAAGGCGGGAAAAAGAGUUUCUGUACCUUGGAGGUGAGAGCCAGCUUGGGAAGCAGAGCCAUGUGGUCCAACUUGAGAAGCAUACACAAGAACGGUACCAAGGGGCAGCAAGAUCACAGAGUAGAGAGUUCUGGAAGGUGGGGGGUCAGCUCCUGGGACUGAUGUUUGGAAUGGAGGUGUGGUCUCGAUCCUCCAGGGCACCAGCCCUGCCUUAUAUCCUAGACACUGACCAUGGCCGCAGGCCUCCCUACACCGGAGCCAUUCCUGCCUCAGCUUCCCCAUCUACAGGGUGGCCAUCAAGCCUAGAGAUAGACAUAGUAUUACUGUAUACUGGUAUCACCUGUUUCCAGACUGGGCGAUCACCCUGUAUAACUGCUUAUCUGCCCCGUGUGGGGACAGAUAUGGCGAGAAGACCCACUGAGAAAGAAAUGUCAGCUUAAGACGGCCCUGGUGGCUCUGGUGCCCUCGGACUCAGAAAGGUUACAGCAAAAAUGCUCAGAGAUGAUCACUGAUAGAAUGAGAGAAAAAUGUGGACCAGAAUUUCAAAUUCUUAACACAAAAAAACCAGACCUACUGGGCUGGUUGAGACUGCAGGACUCCCCGAGACGACUGCCAUGAGAUACUCUUCAAACCUUGAAUCGAAACUAACCCAAGGUCACCAUGUAGCUAAAUAACAGAUUAGCCAAAAAAAAUAAUAACA